AAACUCAAUCUGCUGACGGUGCUGGACGCUAGAGAAUAUGACCUGAAGUUAAUAAAGAGAAUAAACUACACACAAGAUGGUCCAGUUUGUAGAGUAAAAUAUGGCAGGAUGAGGGAAUGUGAUCUUUAUAAUAACAGACCUGAAGUGACCUUCAUUAAUGGGACUGUGAUAAUAAAGCGUGUGAUCAGAGCAGAUUCAGGGAAUUACACAUUAACACUCCAUCACUCAGACGGCACAGAAACAUCUCGAGGAGAUCUUCAAGUGAUUGUUGAAGCUGCUAUUGGCUCAGUGGAAGUGUCAAUCAUCUGCUCCUCCAAUCAGAGGUCAGUGUUCUGCUCCUCUGAGGGGGAUCAGCUCCUCUACAGCUGGACUCUGAAUGGAGAUCCACUGAUGGAUGGAAAGAGCAGCAUUGAUCUGGAUGAGGGAACUGAUGGAAACAUCAGCUGCAGCGUGAAGAACCACGUCAGUCACACACAGAAGACCAUUAGACUCCAACCCUGUACUGUUUUAAAAUUUUCUCUGAUUACUUUGGGCUGCGUUGCUCUGGUCCUGAUUCUGCUGUUCUUCACCGUAUGUUAUAUUUACAAGAAGAAGCAGCUCAAGUCGACACCAGCUGGAGAUACAGAGCUCAUAUACGCUGAUAUCUCUCAUGAGAAAAAGGGUGAAAAGAAGAAUACAGAAUCUUUCCUGGCUGCUGAUGUGGAAUACGCCGCAGUCCAACCGCAGACAAAGAGGAAGAAGAAGGUUAAGGAGGAGGAGGUUCAGUACGGCGAGGUUAUGUUCACUCCGAACCACUCAAACGCUCCGCAGCAGCGGCUUCAGGAGGAGUGUGUUUACUCGCAG